GACAGACACCUUGCAGCUGAAGAACAUGUGUUGUGACAACGACCCACCAUGAGUCUUGUUCUCUCGGCACCGAAAAUCGUCCUCCUGGCUGUCCAUCUCGCCGCCAAAGCAGAUCUCGACAGCCUGUCCUUCAUAGCUGCGAAUCAUGGCUCCGUCCUGCGCAAGGAACUCCUCUUGCGCAUCCUCCUCACUUACCUGCCCGAGACGCUAAAAUCCGAGGAAUACGUGUCAUUUGUCAAGGAGGUCGAUCGGGGCGAAUAUGUUGCGCAAGAGCACUGGGAUGUCGAUAUAUCUGCCGUGGAACACUUGUCAGAGGAGGAAGCCAUCAGGAAGGUCCGCAAGCUACACCUGUUGAAGCUGUCAUGGCCCGGCGCACCUGCAGAAGCAGAGGAUGAUCCCCUCACCCUAUUUCUAUUACGACGCUCCUACAAGGUGGAUGAGGAGGCCGGGCUGUUGACACAACUACCUGAUCUUCUUGCACCAUUCCUCGAGCACUCGCCGUGCAUCCGGACGUGGACCAUCUCUGUGCUGCUACCUCUGUUGAGGAGGAACCACGAGUUCUAUCCCCAGAAUAGCAUUCCGAUAACAUUGUCGCAAUUUGAGAAGCUUGGCGAUGCGGCUGCUGUCGACCUGCUACUCUCACAGACCGGGGUGCAAGAGGACUAUGCAAAUGUUGCGCGGGAUCUGAGGUGCCUCCUUGGCCCAUGGCUGUACAAUGACAAGAGGUGGACGACGACGAAGAGGCCGCCAGUGGGAAAAGAAGAAGAUGUUGACGAAGACGUUGACGAGGAUGAGUUGGUCUGCCCCGGGUGGGAACAGAUGCUCGUCUGGUUGACCUCGCAAGCAAGCACAUCCUGGAAGGUCGCUGUCGAGGCGAUAGAUCACUGGCACGGGCCCGAAGAUGUUGAUCUGGGUGGACUCGGGCAGAUGUGGAUGGAGGAGGAGAAACAGCAGUACCUAGAGCGGCGGUAUGCGCAGGCUGCCUUGGCAUGCGCAUAUCUUGUUCCGGACGCCACGACCGAAGCACUGACUGGCGCAUACACUAUUACUCUCGAGGUGACGAAGCUUCUGGACGACCCAUUGCCCUCGUUACAGACUGCUUCUUCGAGCCUAUCCCCUGUCCCGGAUCUGGGCAGCACAAACAUCAUGUUCGCCAAGCACGUCACCUAUCUUCGCAACAAUAUGCUCGAAGAGGACAAUAUUCUUACAAAACCAUCGAAACUUGCCACAACAUUACUUUCUGCGUUGAUAGUCAGUGCCUACCUUUCUACAAAGGCUGGGUACCCAAUGACGGCGAGGAAAGCAGGCGAGUUGGCCAUACUUCAGGACGAGCGGGAACAGAGGACGGAGUUCCUGAAAUUGGUACAUACCAUCACCGAACGCGGGCCGAACUCCGACGACAAAUACUGGAUCAAGGCGAGGAACGAGAUAUUAUGGCUCGGAGACUGGGGUGCAGAGGAGGAGGAAGAGGCGUGGGCAGAUGCCGAUCAGCACCACUGUACCGUGUUUGGCCGAUUGGAGAAGGAGUUCCUUGAAAUCGAAAUCUUGAAGGCCCUUCUGACACGUACUCGAUACUCCCUCGCCAAGUCUCUCUACGAAGACUCGCCGGAGCAACCCUUGUCAAAGGAGUCACUUCGAGACACGAUCUAUGCAGCAGCAAUGGCCGCGUACGAUAACGCCUCCAACCCAAACCGCACAAGAGGCGGGCUUAAGAAGUGCAAUGACAUAAUCUACGGCUUCCCAGGGACCAUAGAAAGGUCGGUGGUGGCCACACAACGAAUAGAGGCUUUGCUGAAAGCCACACAUGGCUUGAGCGAUUAUAAGCUCGUCCUGAAGAAGGGAGAGCCGUUCACACCAGUCAUUCUUCGCGUUCACCACGACCCACUGUCUAUUAUCGAAAAGGUCCUCCAGCAGAACCCAAAGAGCUACACUCAGAUCCAAGAUCUCGUCGAUGUGGGGCGAAAUAUGGUUGCUGCGGGCCUGACCGUAAAGGAUAAGUCGGGACACUCUGCCCUGACCGCAGAAAUGGAGCCGGCGCAGAUGUUGAAUGCCGAGAAACGCAUCACAGCCAUGUGUAUUGAUGCGGCCCUGACGGAAGACGAUUUCGAGACGGCAUAUACGUACGUUGUCAACCGCCUGGCCGCACUAAGUGGGCCACCACAGGCUGUAGCUAGGAAGGCCAGCAAUGGGUCCUUGCGUGAUAGUGCUCCGAUACGAGAUGACUGGUCGUGGAGGGCAGCACUGCAAGCAGGCAUGUAUCAGCGCACCGCACGGACAGUCCGACCAACCCAUCUCGGCACCGCAAGUGGCAAUCCUGAGAUCCGUCAUUUAGACCAACGCAUUGAAUGUCUUGCGACAGCUCUACGGAUUGCCCCAGCCGCAACCCUGCCCGAAAUUCUCAAGAGCUACCGGCGCACUGAGGAAGCACUCGAUGCAGCUAUCAAAGCAGAAGCCGAGCAAGAAAACGCGUGGGAUGAGGCUGCCGAUAUGCAGACGAUGCCCGGCGGCGGCAGACAGGGCACGUCGAAUCGCCACAAUGCAGAGGAGGCGCCCAUGUCGCUGUUCGACCUAUCGAGAGCCAGCAUGCUGUCUGCGCAGAGGAACCUGACGGCCCUGUCGAACUUCAAUCUUACGACACAGAGCAGGCCGAGUGAUACCGGGAGCGAUUCUGGACUGGGCGCUGGCGAUCAACAACAGAGGGCCAGGAAGCGGGAUCAGUUGAGGGAAGCGGCCGUCGGCGGUCUGACAGCGGGCGUGGGUUGGCUGAUUGGUGCGCAGCCUUCUGCUCGGCACCGCGAGGAGGAUUAA